GAGACAAUUUAAAAAGAAAGCUCCAUCUCAGCUUAGCCAGCUGUUGGGAUAAGUUUAACUUCUGAUGCUGCAUUUUCUCUGAGCUGUUUACAAAUGGUGCAAAAAGAGAGAGAAAUCUCCAGGCAUAAAAUACUCAAAGCAAGAGGUUUUGACACUCAAGAGCACCUCUGUUUAAUAUCUCUCUCUCUCUCUCUCUCUCUCUCUCUCACACACACACACACACACACACAGCGCAGGAGGAGAAAGAAGAGGGGAGGAGAAAGAAAAGUGAGCUCACGUUCACACAUUGGUGAAGAGGCUGGUCUUCCAAUGCCUUUGAAUAUUUUACUUUUUGUCAGUUCCCCUUCAGAGUCAUACAAACACACAUGCUGAGCUGAAGUGAACCACCACAGCCAUGGACUGCACUAGAAGAUCUGAAAUCUGAUCACACACAAUCUCUCUCUCUCUCUUCCUUUCUGAUUAUCUCUGUUACAUACCUCUGUCUGUCUGUAUAGACAGACACACAUACACAGCAAGGGAGGCAAGAACAGUAUCAGCUAAACAUCACCACCAAACAGAACACCUUAUCUCUUCUGGCUGGAUACACACACAUACACACACACACAGAGGCACGCAUACAAACAUCUCUUUCUCUCCUGGCUUCCCUGGAAGAUUCUGCUGGCUGUUUUUCAUGGAGAAAGUCCAAGGAGAAAUGGAGAUUGAGAGAUGGGAAAGAAAUGAAGAGAUGUCAGAUGCAGAGAAAAAGGUGAUCCAGGAGACAUGGAGCAGAGUGUAUGCGAACUGCGAGGAUGUUGGGGUCUCCGUACUGAUCAGGUUUUUUGUCAACUUCCCAUCUGCCAAGCAUUACUUCAGCCAAUUCAAGCACAUGGAGGACCCACUAGAGAUGGAAAAAAGUCUGCAGCUGCGUAAACACGGCAGGCGGGUGAUGGGGGCUAUUAACAGCGUGGUGGAGAAUAUCUAUGAUUCAGAGAAGGUUGCCUCCGUUCUAGCAUUGGUGGGCAAGGCGCACGCUGUCAAGCACAAAGUUGAACCUGUCUACUUCCAGAUUCUCACUGGCGUGAUACUUGAAGUGCUUGCAGAAGAAUAUACCAAUGAGUUCACGUCUCCAGAGGUUCAAAGAGCCUGGGGAAAGAUGAAGACCCUCAUCUGCACUCACGUGACCGCCGCGUACAAGGAGGUGGGCUGGGUGCAGUAUCCGAACACCACCAUGAACCCCCAGGUGACGGCGGCGGUGGCAGCGGCAGCAGGACCAACAGCAAAGUGACAGAGCCCCUCCCACAGACCUGAAAUGCUGUUUCUCCAAGAGGAAUAAACUGGCAGCAGGACAAGAUAGCACCCAAGAGAACUACAUCUGUCUCCUUUAAUUAUCCCUUGUACAUAUUAGUGAGUGGAAGUGCUUUAUUAUUUCUAUAGCUAAGGCCAGCAAAGCUAUAGAACACCAGGCGUGCAUAAGCACUCUACCUGAAAUAUAGACAGGCAAAUUUAAAUCAUGUACACUGUGACGGGGGGAGGGAAUAUCUUUAAUUUCCCCAGGGGGAAAAAAGUUAAAUAGAUCACGACUGUUACAGUUCAUACACAUGUAUAGCUCUGGAGACUAACAAUGUUUGUUUGCCUUGCAGAGGACAUUCCAUCAAAUGAUGCUGAAUUUGUUUGUUUCCAUCUUUUAUACUCAAGUGACCAUUGAAAGCUCUAGUAUUUGAACUCUGCAAGUACUUUUGUGCCCAUAUGCCACUUAUGAGUAACUCUGUGCCCUUGUUUUAUUCAAAACACUAGUGAUGUGUGUGCAUAAGUGCUUGCAGGAUCUAGGUCCAGAAUUGUAUCCGCAUGAUCCAUUCAGAACCACAUCCUUACGGGAUACGUCUGAUCACAGUAAACUUAGCCUAGAUUUUUAAAUCUUAACUAUGGGUCUGAUUCUAGUCUUGUCCAUCAUUUCUGCUUUUCUCUGCUGUUAACUCCUCUAGCCUGGAGUUUCUCUGGAAUUAUAUCAACAGUGUUUCCAA